AUGAAGGUCUUAUCAGAUGGCACAGAGGCUGCCAAAGACUCGAAGAAGCCGCAUCGGAAGUCCAAACUCGGAUGCCAGACUUGCAAGAGGCGCAAGAUAAAGUGUGAUGAGCUGAGGCCAGCAUGCCAAAACUGCGUCCGGCACUUGGUGUACUGCGACUUUCUGCAAAGCGGUCCAUCACUGGCGGCGCACAGCACGCCAAACAGCACUUCCAACACCCCAGAUGGGGCCACGCAGUCCGCGCGACCACCAAUACCAGUUAACCACGACAUCAACUUCACCGACCUGGAACUCAUGCACAACUUCACUACUUCCGUCUAUUCGACACUAUCAACAGAUGUCAUAGUCCGCCAGAUGUGGAAGGUCUCGGUCGUGCGCAUGGCUCUGGAGUGCGAGUACGUGAUGCGCACAUUGUUGUCUAUUUCGGCGCUACACCUUGCGCAUCAGCAGCCCGAACGCAAAGAAGCCCUCGUGACCAAGGCUCUUCUAUAUCAUCGUUCGGCCAGCAGGGAGGCGAUGGGGCUGAUGAGCGGCCUGGAUGAGCGUAACGCAGAAAACCUGUUUCUGUUUUCGAUUCUAACCAUCUUCUUCGCCCUUGCAUCCGGCCGCUAUCUUAAAGAGUCGGUCGUCGUUUGGGAAUCCGCUUUCCCGGAUUGGACUUUCCUUCUUUCAGGAGCUGUUUCACUCCUCAAGCUUCUCGUCUCGAGGAACUACAAGGGACCACUCACUCCCCUUUUGACCUACGCGAAGGAGCGGUUCUUCACCGCCCGUGACGAUUCACUUGCUCGGCCGGGAGCGUUGGAGUGUCUCCGACAGCGCGUGAAUAACAGCGGCAUCGACGCGGACUUGCUACGGGUCUACAACCUGGCGAUCGACGAGCUGAGGCACACCAUGUCUCUCGCCUUGCACGAAGGAGGCCGCAACAUGGAUAUCAUAGACAUCUUCAUCUGGAAGUACUUCGUUACCGACGAGUUCCUGCCGCUGCUCAAGACGCCGGACGCCAAACAAGAGGCCAUUGCCAUAUACGCGCACUUUUGUAUCGUUUUGAAGAGGCUCGAAAGCCAAUGGUGGCUCCAGGGUUGGGCGAUGCAUCUGAUCUCCCAGGCGUGGGAGUUGCUGGACGAGAGCCACAAGCCGUGGAUACAGUGGCCGAUGGACGAGCUGGGCUGGGCACCUCCGAAAUGA